AAAAAAAAAUCAAAAUCGGAAAAUACCUUCCUUUUUAUUAAUUGUAUAGCCGUUGGAAGGAAAAUAGGUUUUGGCCACCACAAACGAAACAAGGCCGCAUAAACCCUUGCAAUUUGUGGGUGUGAUAUCUCCGUCCGGCCGCCACUGAAGAACAACUCCUCUUUCACCAGCGAGAAAAUGAAAGAAGAAGAAGAGAUGGUGACACCAGGAGAAGUAUUAGGAAAAGGAACUGAAGUCAAAGCAGGAAAGGGUGCCUACUUAUCACCUCACAACAACACCGUCUACGCCGCCCUCACCGGCCGCCGCUCCGUUGCUCCUCCCUCACCUGAAUCGCCAGACCAGAGACCAACUGUGGAAGUGAUUGGACACAAAGCCCAUGGUCCUGUUCCCGAGCCAGGUUGUGUUGUGAUAGCCCGAGUAACAAAGGUGAUGGCUAGGAUGGCUUCGGCAGAUAUUAUGUGUGUAGGUUCAAAAUCUGUACGCGAAAAGUUCUCUGGUGUCAUCAGGCAACAAGAUGUGAGAGCAACUGAGAUCGACAAAGUAGACAUGCAUUCAUCCUUCCGCCCUGGUGACAUUGUCAAAGCUUCGGUCAUAUCCCUAGGAGAUGCACGCGCAUAUUAUCUUUCAACUGCACAAAAUGAACUGGGUGUUGUAUCAGCAGAAAGCAUGGCAGGUGGCACUAUGGUUCCAGUUAGUUGGACAGAGAUGCAAUGCCCCUUGACCGGUCAAAUUGAGCAAAGAAAAGUUGCUAAAGUUGGAGCUUGAUUAUCUGAAUCUCAAGUUAUGAUUAUAUAUGUUUCAAAUUAUAGUGGCGAUUAGUUGAUUAAAAAUUGAUAUGGAACAAUUCUUUAAAAUUUUCAAUUGAUUUUCUGCCUUUUAAAUUUUUAUGAUCGUAUGUAUUAAGAAGAAGAUUGUGAAGUGGACCAACUCUGUAUUAAAGUCUGUCACCCUUGAUUUC